UUAUUUAAUGCUGCCAAUUCGAAGUCACCGGAGGUCAUUUAAAAUAAUGGUAUGAUCUCAGUCGUUCUAUUUCCUCCGUGUCUAUCAAGCAAUCGGCAGCCAUGAGCAUGCUCAGGCUCCAGAAGCGCUUGGCCUCCAGCGUCUUGCGCUGUGGCAAGAAGAAGGUCUGGUUGGACCCUAAUGAGACCAAUGAGAUCGCCAAUGCCAACUCUCGCCAGCAGAUCCGAAAACUGGUGAAGGAUGGAUUAAUCAUCAGGAAACCUGUGACGGUUCACUCUCGCGCUCGUUGCCGCAAGAAUACUCUGGCGCGUCGCAAGGGACGUCACAUGGGCUAUGGUAAGAGAAAGGGUACAGCUAAUGCUCGUAUGCCAGAGAAGCUGUCAUGGAUGCGCCGCAUGAGAAUCCUGCGUCGUCUUCUCCGUCGCUACAGGGAGUCCAAGAAAAUCGACAGGCACAUGUACCACAGUCUCUACCUGAAGGCAAAGGGUAACGUGUUCAAGAACAAGCGCAUCCUGAUGGAGCACAUUCAUAAACUCAAGGCUGAUAAGGCUCGCAAGAAGCUUCUGGCUGACCAAGCUGAGGCUCGUCGUACAAAGACAAAGGAGGCUCGUAAGCGUAGAGAAGAGCGUCUUUUGGCCAAGAAAGAAGAAAUCAUCAAGAACUUGUCAAAGGAAGAGGAGACUACAAAGAAAUAAAUCUGAAGUUAAAAUUCUCAAGUUUGGCAUUUUGUUGUUAAUAAAAAAUUAUAACAGAAA